GACACCUUAUUUUGAAAAGUGAUGCUAUAUAAAAUUCUUCUAGUGUGGUUCGGGUGCUGUACAAAAACUUAAACACUGCCCCUACUUGUUUAUAUGAACUAUGUUAAAACAAUUGUACGUGCGAAUAAUAAUAGCAUAUGUUUAAACUUUUCGUGUAUACAGCCCAUUGUGGACAAAUGGUGCUUCAUGCUGAUCAGAUUUAAUGCAUAUGCAACCCGUUGUUAAAGUGUAAUUGUUGUGCCACGGAUAUUUGGUGAUAUUAGUGAUAAUGGAGACCAGAGUGUUGUCAGUUUUGAUGUGGAAACAUGGGGUGGUUAGGAUACGAAGGUUUAUACACACGAUCGUCGAUUUAGUGUCGCCCUUGCUGUUCUUUUUGUUGUUGUUUGCUUUCAAAAGUAGUCUGCAAGUGUCUCUGCCAAAUGAGAUACAGCAGAGGAAUGAAGUGGCCCACACAGAUGAACUGCCGCUUACAGAGACGAUGCUUGCUCCAUAUUGGAUCCUGUACUAUCCCGACACGCCGCUGACAGCUUCGUUGAUGGACGACGUGGGUCCCAAGCUCAACCUAAAACGACUCACUCAUUUCCCAGAAGAUUCAGACAGAGGCUACUACCCAUACUCAAAUGAAACCCAGCUGAGUGAGUUGAUAUCCAAAAUGCGGCUUUUGGAAGCGAUCGUCAUUUUCCACAAUAUGGACGGGGAAACAUGGCCGGGAAGACUGAACUACAGUAUUAGAAUGAAGGAUAUGUUCAAAACGGACUCGUUCGAGUCCUCGGACGACACUCCGGGUCCACAUCGCAUGUUUGGCAUGAAUUACGGCACGUUCAUGCGUAUCCAGUGGGCGGUAGACACGAGCUACAUCAAGCUGCUGACCGGCACUGAAGUACCUGUGUCACUGACCCUUCAAGAGUUCCCUUACUACCACACGCAGAGGGACAGCAUGGCUCUGUUGAUAUGCUCGCUGCUAAUGGCGGUGUGCUAUCUGUCGCUCAUGCUCAACUUCGUGUUCCUCAUGUGUCGCCUGCUGGAGGAGCGAACCAGCGGAAUACAGGAGCUGGUAAAAAUGGUAGGGGUAUCGUUAAACACGCUCGGGCUGUCCCACUUCCUGAACGCUCUGCCCGCCGGCCUGGUGUUCUCCAUCGGCGGCACCAUACUCCUCAAGGUCACCGACAAGCCCAUCAUAGCGAACUCCAACGGCGUCCUCAUAUUCAUCUUGCUGCUCCUCUACUUCAACACCGUCAUGUCAAUGGCCUUCGCAUGCAGUUACGUCUCUAGAGGCACGCGGUACGCGGCGACGCUCUCCGUGAUGUCGUACGUGGUCCUGUGGUUGCCGAUGCGCCUGUUGUACAACAAAACCAAGCCGUACUGGGCCACGCUCGCCACCGGCUUCUGCCCGCACACACCCAUGCACUGGUUCUGGAAUGAAAUCGCUACCGUCGAAACUUACGGUAAAGGCUUGUCGUUCACUGACAUAAUGACGUCACACAGCACCAACAACCCAUCAGUCAUCGUCAGUUACUUCUUCCUGAUACUCCAGGCCUGUAUCUUCUACUUCGUGGCGUGGUACCUCUCGCUGGUCAGGCCAGGCCAGUACGGGCAGGCCUUGCCCUGGAACUACCUUUUCAAGGCGAAGUACUGGAGUAAGAACGAGAUCAGGCCCGACUCGGAGGUGGAGGAGGAGGAGCCGAUCACGUACGACCCGCGGUACUUCGAGCCGCCGCCGCCGAACAUGGAGCCCGGGAUCAAAAUCGUCAACGUGUCUAAGACGUACCCAAAACAUAGAGCUCUGAGGAAUGUUUCACUGGAAGUGUACAAGGGAGAGAUCACAGUGCUCGUGGGGCACAACGGUGCCGGCAAGACUACGCUCAUGUCUAUCAUCACAGGUAUGACGAGUGCGACUGAAGGCCGCGUGUACGUGAACGGACAGGACACGGUGACCCAACAGCACGCCGUGCGACAGAACCUCGGCCUCUGUCCGCAGCACAACCUGUUCUUCGGAGACCUCACCGUGCAGGAACAUAUCAUGUUCUUUACUAUGUUGAAACGCGGCACGUACUGGUCGGCGGUGGAGUCGUCGCGCCUGCUGGCGGAGCGGCUGUCGCUGGACAGCAAGCUGGGCGCGCUGCCGCGGGAGCUGUCGGGCGGCAUGAAGCGGCGCGCGCAGCUGGCCUGCGCGCUGGCGGGCGGCGCCGACGUGCUCGUGCUGGACGAGCCCACCUCGGGGCUGGACGUCGAGACGCGCCGCGAGCUCUGGGACCUGCUGCUGUCCCUCCGCGGCGAGCGCACAGUGCUGCUGACGACGCACUUCAUGGAGGAGGCGGACGCGCUGGGCGACCGCGUGGCCGCGCUGCACGCCGGCCUGCUGCGCUGCCACGCCACCACCAUGCAUCUCAAGAAGGCCGUGGGCACCGGCUACCGCCUCCAGUUCACCACCAUAGGCGCCCCCCGCGAGGCCGCCGUCACCUCCGUAGUGACCGCGCACGUCAGCGACGCCACUGUCAAGGAGAAGACCAUCAACUCCAUCUCCUACAACCUGCCCGCUACCGAUACUAAACGCUUCCCCAAACUCUUCUCUGCUCUUGAGAAUAUGAGGUCUGAGUUAGGAAUAGAUUCCAUCGGAGUUGGAGUUUCUACGCUAGAAGAGGUGUUCUUAAAAUUAUGCAGUGACAUCGACACAACGGUGAUUGAAGAUGAAACAGACAAUGCUGCGGAUAUAGAUGUUCCUGGAGAGAAAGUAACUGGGCUCCCGUUGUACAUGCGUCAGUUACUAGUGCUGCUGAAGCGACAAGUUAAAUACUCCAUACACAAGAUCAUACCGUUCACUAUAUUGCAAGUAGUGCUCCCGAUCCUGAUGAUCUUCUCGAUCACGCACCUGUUCAACAACGAGCCGGCCCCCGCGGCGGCGGCGCUCCCGCUGCAGCUGGACGCGUACGCGGCGCGCAGCGAGCGCCGCGUGCUGUACCGCGUGCCGCCCGACGUGCCGCUGGACGCGCUCACGCGCCGCUACGACGCCGUGCGCUUCCAGAGGACGCAGGACGUCGCGCAGACUGUUCUCGAGAUAGCGAUGAAGGAUAUAUUGGAAUACAACAAGUACUUAGUGGGAGUCGAACUCAACGAGACUGAUGCCAAGGUGCUAUACACGACGACGGUCCGGCACGCGGCGCCGGUGGGCGUGAACCUGCUGAGCAACAUGCUGGCGGCGCGCUACAUCGCGUGGGCGGACGGCCGCACCAUCUCCACGCUCAACGACCCGCUGCAGCCCGACGCGCGCUACUCCAGCCUGCCCACGCCGCCCAAGGAGCCCGUCGCCAGCGUCGUCUGGGCCAUCGCCAUCACCUUCAUAAUCCUGGCCACGAACAUCAACUGCAUCUCGCUGCCGUGCAAGGAGCGCGCGUCGGGCUCGCGCCACAUCCACGUGAUGUGCGGCUGCCCGGCCGAGCUGCACUGGGCGGCCUCGCUCAUCUUCCACGUGCUGCUGUGCGCCGCCUCGCUCGUCAUCCCCACGCUCAUCGCCGCCGUCACGCUCGACCGGGACAGCACCAUCGACCAGCCCGACAUGAUCGUAACAUUUUCUUUGAUCCUGUUGCUGGGCAGCAUGGCGUUCUUCGCGUUCAUGUACCUCGUGAGCUUCAACUUCGAAGAGAGGGCCACCAGCAUUAUCCUCGUUGCAGUCAUCAUUAUAUUUGGCAUCCUGACUCCAUUCAUGGAGGCGGCGCAAGAGAUCCUGGAGAACGAGCCGAGCGGGCUGACGUACGUGUUGCUGAGCGUGUGCGCGUACGUGGCGCCGCCGCACACGCUGGUGUCGGCCGGCCUGCACUGCGUCAACGUGGGCCGCCUCAACGCCUGGUGCGAGCUGGCCAAGCAGCAGUGCCCCAACGUCUUCAUCAACCAGGACGGGUUCGACGCUGAAAAGUGCUGUGCCACGGGCAAAACAAGAUGCUACUUCUGCUUCGACGAGUACUCCCCGGCGAAAGGAAUAGUUAUACUGAUCAUACAGUUCUUAGUUUUGAUGACGAUGGUGAUGCUGACUGAGCGGGGGAUCUUCAACGGGCUGGUGAACAAGCUGCUGAACGUGAACUACCGCGUCAGCGAGGAGCCCGGCCUCGACGACAUGGUCCGCGCUGAGAAGGCAUACGUCAGCAAGGCUAUCAAACUACCAACAAAACAGAUUCCCGACGCGAUGUUAGUGGACGACCUGCACAAGAACUACGUGCCGCUGCUGCAGCCGCGGUGUAACGCCGUCAAAGGUGUCAGCUUCUCCGUCAAGAAAGGCGAGUGUUUCGGGCUGUUGGGCGUGAACGGCGCGGGCAAGUCCACGACCUUCAAGAUGCUGACGGCGGAGGAGAGCGCCACGCGAGGCGACAUCUACGGGAACGGACACCAUCUCAAGCGGGGCAACGCUAAGUACCUGCAGUCGCUGGGCUACUGCCCGCAGUUCUUCGGGCUGGACAUGUUCCAGACGGGCGAGGAGAACCUGGCGCUGGUACUGACGCUGCGCGGCUUCGACCAGCAGCGGGUGCGGCAUGAGGUCAACUCCUGGAUACAGAUUGUCGGCCUGCAGAAGUACGCGUCGCGGCGCGUGGAGACCUACAGCGGCGGCUGCGUGCGGCGCCUGGGCGCGGCCGCCGCGCUGUGCGGCCGCGCGGACCUCGUGCUGCUGGACGAGCCCAGCGCCGGCGUGGACGUGGCGGCGCGCCGCCGGCUGUGGGCCGCGCUCAGGCGGGCGCUGCGCAGCCAGCGGGCCGUCAUCAUCACCUCGCACAGCAUGGACGAGAUGGAGGCGCUGUGUUCCCGCAUCGCCAUCAUGUCGGGCGGGCGCGUGCGCGCGCUGGGCACGGCGGCCGGCCUGCGCGCGCAGCACGCGCAGGGACACGCCGUCGUCUUCAAGGUCAAGCACCAGCACUACUCCGACGACGAAGUCGAUGCCAGCACGGGCACGAAGACUCAACUGCUACACUUUAAGGGCAAAUUACAAGAGAAGUUUAAUUGUACCCUGAAAGACGAACACAAGACGAUGCUGCACUACCACAUCAACGAGACGAUGCGCUACAGCGAGCUGUUUACCGAGCUGGAGGCGCUCCGGCGACACUUCCCGACCCUCAUUGAGGACUACUCCGUCACGGAGACCACGCUCGAAGAGGUGUUCCUCUCCUUCGCGAAGGAGCAGCAGACCAGCACGCAGACUGCCUAACUCCUUACACACUGGUACUUAUUAGAGCUUACCAAAGGUCAAGAACUUGGCGUCGGAUACAUUCCUCGCGCUACGGAUGACGCGCGAAGUCAAACGAUCUCAAUAUCGAUCACAAUUACUAACAUACACCGAUGUAUUACGAAUAACCAAAGUUGAGUAACUUCAACAGUAUUACACUUGACAACAUUCCCGAACAGAUAUCUAGUCAUCAUAUAUAUAUUUUUCUAUGAAUUUGCCUUGUAAAUUAUCAGUUCAAACUCGUUCAAAUAGGCGACGUCAAUUAGUUUUGUUUUAAAUUGUAGGGCAAUUAUUAUGGCAAUCUCAUUUUGUAAUGUGCUUGUAAACUUUACCGGAGGAGUUGAGAAGGUCAAUGCUCGAAGGAAGGUAAAAGACUUUGUAUUAGGAUAAAGUUAAGAAGUUUAUGGGUAUGCCCAGGGGCGGAUGUUCCUAUAAGUCAAGAAAGCCAAGGCUACGGCACCAAUAUUUGGUCUUAAUUUAUCAUCAAACACGACAGAAUUAAACUCCGUCCAUAUAUAAAUUUACCAUAACAUCAUGACAUUAGUUAAAAUCAACAGAUUUGCUGCCCUAUUUGAGUGUGAUAUCAUAUUGUUUAUCAGUAGGCAUCUUAAAAUUAAACAUUUUAUAAUUUAUUGCUAGACUGACCUACGUGGAGACGGAUUUUAUUUUUGUCCAAAGAUAUUUAAAUAAAUACCCAUUCAAUUAAUUGGGUAUAUUAUGAUGGCACCAAGAAUGAUAGCUUUAAUUAAGCGACAACCUCGCUUGUAUAGGUAUUUAUUUUCGUAUGUAAUGGUAACAUUAUUUUAUUUGUGAGGCAACACUAUCGCCAGACUGACAUUUCGGAGUACUUAUAUAAGCACAAUGAUUAAUGAACAAUAGGGGGUCAACCUUCAAUGGUAUUAGUAUUAUUUUAAUUUAUAUUUCGCUUUGUGUUUAAACAAUUUAGCAUGCUGAUCGAUUUUAUAGUAUUUUUUUUAUUUACUCAUUGUGUACCAAUAAAUAUUUUUACAUUGAA